CGAAGAAGUGUAAGUAAGAAGAAGAGAAGAUUUCUUGCUUCUGAUCGAGUUUAUUGUGGAUCGUUGUGGCACAGUUCAGAUCCUCAACCAUGCGAUCCACCGGUGUUUACUUCCAAGCAUUUGGGACCCUGCCUCCCAAGUUACAUUCCUACAAGACAUUUCCACGCUGUAGGCAUCAACCGAUAAGAGCUUCCUCAGGGUUUGGUUAUGAGGAUCAGGUGGUCGCAACACCAGCUCUGGGAAAUCGUGUGGAGGCUUGGCUCAAAACUCCAGUUGACAUCUUGACAUUCGGCCCCAGAGCUGCAGUAGGCGCACUCCUGUCGCUACCCCAGCGAGCCCAGACCUUGCAGCAGGAUCUGGACAGGAUCAAUAUGCUGCUGCAAGAUCCGCGGCCCCUUGAGGACAAGAGGGAUGAGCUAGCAAAGGAGGUGGAGGGAACGCUCGUGGAGUUUGUGGAAAAAGGCGCCGGCAUCGAAGCCGACGUCCUCGCCAAUCUGACGGCCGCGCUCCCGCCAGAGAUCAAAGAUUCUCUGCCGCAGGAAUUGCGAUCGGCGCUCGGCCGCUCUGGCGCGCCGGCCGCGUCGGCGGCGAGCGCGUACGAUGCCCCGGUGGUGGAAUACGCGCCGAUGCCGGCUGCCACGCUGGUGACUAACCAGAUCGCUGCGGAGAUGACGGACCUGCGCGAGGCCGUCAGGGAGCUGAGGGGAGCGAUUGAUACAUUGGCGGUGAACCUCGAUCCGGCGCAGGACAAGGUGCUUCGGCUGAACGUGCGCGAGGCUCGCAACAGCGCCGCCCUGCGCCUGCAGCAGCUCUCGCCCGCAACAAUGGCAUCCUCAGACGAGUCGAUAGGGGCAGCCAUCAGUGAGGCUGCUGCUCUGUUGGCAGACGUGGACUCUUUGGGAGUGUGAUGGCAUCAGGGUUCAUGUGCCGGGUUAAGAGUGCACAUGAAACUCAGCAUCGUGUGACAGAUAUGCUGGGCAGCAUGAAAUGACUAUGAUCCAAAGGGCGGCUGCACUUGCAGCUUCAUAUCUAUCCAGAAAAUGUUGUCUGGCGUGCGGAUGCCCAAAUAUCCGUUGCAGUUGCAUUGCUGUCUUACACAAACGUGAUACAGCGCCAUCAAUUGUCCUCAAGCUAAUUUUUCCAGUUAACUCCUAGGCCUAUGCAUGCUGAAGCAAUGGGGUUGCAAGCUACCCCUACAGACAUCAGAGUUCCGAUGCGAGAAUGCAUUGCAAUCUGCCUGUCGUACUGUAACAUUGCUGUGUGCAAUUGCACAGCGGCAGUAACUUUC